UCUUGACCCACACAGGUGUUUUCAUUGGGUUUUCAUAUCGUUUUUUCCCAGGUUUGAAAGAACGUUAAGAAUCACAGUAACAUCGCUGCAAGAAAACUCUAUAGAUAAGAAAAAUGACAGAAAGCAACAAACAAGAAGAGCCAGCUGUCACAAGAUUUAGACAGUAUUUGCGAAUUAAAUCGGUCCACCCAACUCCAGAUUAUGAUGGAGCUAUCAAUUUUCUUAAAGAUCAAGCAAAAGACAUUGGUCUGCCAUUUAAAACAGUUGAGGUGCACCCUGAUAGAAUUGUAGGUAUAAUGACAUGGGAAGGAAGUGACCCCUCACUGCCAUCAGUUGUACUGAAUUCACACACUGAUGUUGUUCCUGUAUUUGAGGAACAUUGGAAAUGUGAUCCAUGGGAUGGAGUAAAGAUGGAAAAUGGAGAUAUCUAUGGAAGGGGAACCCAGGACAUGAAAUCAAAUGGAUGCCUAUAUAUGGAGGCGGUAAGGAGAAUGAAGGCUAAAGGAAUACAACCAUUGAGAACAAUCUAUUUAACAUUUGUACCAGAUGAAGAAAUUGGUGGUACUCUUGGAAUGAUGAAAUUUGUAAAAACAGAGGAGUUUAAGAAAAUGAACGUAGCUUGUGCUAUUGAUGAAGGUCUGGCAAAUCCAACAAAUGCUUUUACUGUUUUCUAUGGGGAAAGGGCACCUUGGUGGGUUCGUGUCCAUUGUCCAGGAAAGCCAGGUCAUGGAUCAAGAUUUAUUGAAGACAAUGCUGCAGAAAAAUUUAGAAAAGUAAUCAAUAGUUUCCUGGAAUUUAGAGCACAGGAGGAGAAAAAGUUAAAAGGAAAUGCAUGUAUAAAGCUAGGUGAAGUGACAACUGUGAACUUGACAAAUGUACAGGGAGGAUCAUUAACCCAGUUUAACUUGGUACCAACAGAAUUUUGUGCAGGUUUUGACAUAAGAAUCACUCCAACUGUUGACUUCAAAGAAUUUGAAGAGAAGAUUAAGAAGUGGUGUGCUGAGGCUGGGGAUGAUGUGAAAUAUGAGUUUAAGCAGAAAUGUGAAAUUCAGUCAUUAACAUCCACUGACUCCUCGGAUCCAUGGUGGAAUUGUUUUGAAACAGCUUGUAAACAAUUAGGGAUGACAUUAGAAGCAGAAAUCUUUCCAGCAGCUACUGACAGUAGAUUCUUCAGAGAGCUUGGGAUCCCAGCCUUUGGAUUCUCACCAAUGAAUAAUACACCAAUCUUACUCCACGAUCACAAUGAAUUCCUCAAUGAAAAUGUAUUCCUCAAAGGCAUUGACAUAUUUUGUGAAAUAAUUCCUGCACUUGCUAAUUUGCAGGGAAAAUAGAAUGACAAAGUUCGAAUGAUAAUCAGACUAUCAUGUUAAUUUAACCAAGAAAAUUAACAGUUAUGUUAUCAAGAAAAACCAUUGAAAAAUACUAUGGGAUUUCUUUAUGUAAAAGAACCAGUGUGAGCUAUUGCUUGUGUGCGACAUUUAUCUUAAAACCUUAUAAAGAUAUAAAAUUUUAAAAUCACAAAGCAUAUAACACACUCAACAGCCAAAAUAAACAUGAUAU